AGAUGAGCUUAUUAUAGUCUUUAAAUAUGCUAAAAAGUAGUUAAUAUUACUUUCACCUUUCCCCUCUUCGGAUUACAUUUAUAGUUUUCCAUUAGCUUACCGAUCUACGGCUCAAAUCCCAUUUCACUGUCUCCUUCCUUCCUCCUUCACCUCUCCCCUUGCCCCUACAAAAAUCGCCGGAACCUCCUAUCCCUACCCACCAAAAACUUUCAAAUCUCUAGCUUUCCCUCGUUUUCUCGAGAAACAAACAGAAACCCGAAACCCCAAUUUCCCAAUUCAUUUAUUUCAAGGGCACAAAGUAAACAGCAAGAAAAUCCACCGGAGGGAAAGCCCUAAGGAACAACUGGCCACGAAGGCAGCCAGGAAAACAUCUCUUUGGACACGAGCUAAACUUCUAAAACUGCGGUUGUUGAGAGCUUUCACAGGAUGGAAUCUGGUAUUGAUAGAUUAAUCCAAUCCGUGAAGGAAGAGCUGCAAAUCUCAUAUGCUUUCUCCGACACAUGUUGUAUAUAUAAAGUUCCUGAGCGAUUACGCGAGCUGAACGAAAAGGCCUACACACCUCGAUUGGUCUCCAUAGGCCCAAUUCACCAUUGUAAUGACAAGCUAAAAGCCAUGGAAGACCACAAAAGAAUGUACCUACAAGAAUUCAUUGCCCGGACCAAGGUAAGUGUGGAGGGUUUUAUUGAAUUGAUCAAGGAGAAGGAAACAAGAUUGCGUAAUUGCUAUGAGGAAACCAAUUGGUUUAGUAGCGAAAACUUCAUAAAAAUGAUAUUAAUGGAUGCUGUCUUCGUCAUUAUGUUUUUGCUGAAGUACAAUUGCAGGAAGUCCACAGAAUUCACAGGUAGCAGAGACAGCAUUUUCUAUCCUCCAUACAAGUGGUUUGAUGUAAGGGUUGAUAUCUGUUUGCUUGAAAAUCAGCUCCCGUUCUUCAUCCUCGAGGAGUUGUGUGGACUAUCCACUAUACUCGGCAAUUCUCCGAAACCUACACUGAUUGAGCUUACUCACGGGUUCUUUUCAAAUGAAUGGGGUUCAUGGGCAGUAGGGGAAUAUUGGGGGAAAAUAGAUUUCUCCGAAGUGAAACAUUUGGUUGACUUUCUUACAAUUUAUCAUCGGCCAACUGAACAGCAACAGCAUGAGGAACUUGAGGUUCUAACCGCACCCAGUGUAAAGGAGCUCCACCAAGCAGGGGUCAAGUUUGUGCUGAGCUCAAGCAAAAAUCUUCUUGACAUAAAAUUCGAUAGAAAUAAAGGGAGACUAGAAUUUCCACGAUUACAGUUAGAAGACGGAACAGAAAUCAUAAUCAGGAAUAUGCAAGCCUUUGAGCAGUGCCAUGGCCUGGGAUCUGGUUAUGUUGGUGACUAUAUCUGUUUGAUGGGUCUCUUUCUCGGUGCCAGUAAGGAUGUGGAAAUACUUGUUGAAAAUCGUAUUAUAGAUAAUUGGCUAUUAUCUAAAGAGGAAGUGGUAAAACUCUUUCACAGUCUCAACAUAGAAAAUUUAGUGUCGCCAGAUGGUUUUUUCUUUGAAGGUCUCAUUAAAGAUCUGAAUGCAUUCCGCGAAAGGCCAUGGAACAAGCGGAAGGCAAAUUUAAAGCAAAAUUAUUUCAAUACCCCAUGGGCAGCAGUCUCUGUCUCAGGAGCUGUUAUUCUUCUCAUUCUGACUAUCAUACAAUCCGUCUGCCCUAUACUUGAAGUGGUUUAGCUUCUGCAAUUUCAAUUCUUUCAUAUGAAUUAAUUCGCAUGUUGCAUUAAUUGUACCCAUAAUCCUUGUUCUCUUCUUUGUUUUGUUCUUCCAAAUGACAAAGUUGUUUCUGUAGAAAUUCCAUCUGUAGAAAUUCCAAGCAACGAAGACUAUAUAAUUUGUUCUGAUUGUCU